UGCCGCCCCGGGUUCUGUUGGGUUAUCAGUGGGACAGAUCCCGCGGUAUUUUGUAGCUCAUAUAAAAGCUGUCAAGAUUCGGGUUGAGUUUUGUCCUGUGUCAGGUUGCUGUUUGACUCCGUGGACGCCGGUGUUUGGCUCCGUGACCGCUGUCACGGCCGUGCUGUCCCCGGCUGAUCGCGCUCUUUGUGACGCUCUGAAGUGAAUGGCCCAGACGGACAGAGAUGAGCUGGGCUGAGGAGGACUGGACGGUGGGCCUCUCUGGGAGGGUCCUGCAGAAGGUGAAGGAGCUGCAGGUGUUUAAGGAGCGACUGUCCAGAGAGAACAAGCAGAAGCAGCUGCAGCUGGACAACAUUCAUACCAGCCUUGAAAAACAAACAGCGAAGUAUGAGGCGGUCCGUGGGGAGCUGCAGUUUGUUCAGAGAGAUCUGCAAAGCGUUCGGGAGGAGGCCGAGGCGGCCGUGACCGCCAGAGAGCGCCUCACCCAGGAACUUCACACCAAGCAGGCCCAGGUCUGCUCUCUGGAGGGGCAGCUCGACGCGGCUCGUAACCAGAACAACCACCUCAGCCAAGAAAUCAAGAGGUUGGAAGCUGAGCUGGAAAAGCUGCAGAACAGUAGCCGGCGCACAGACACCACUCUGUUUUCCACACCCUGCUGGACUACAUCCUCUCCCUGGGAGCACAAUGGGAGCAGACAGGAAGACAGACCCGGGCAGCGGGACGAAGGACGGAGCGGGGGGCAUCACAUCAGACAGCGGCUCCAGUUUUCAGAAGCGUCCGCAGCUUCGCUGCCUCGACAGCAGCACAAGAGCACACCGCUCCGCCAUCCAUCUGACCAGUCGGAUGUCUUUUCCACGCCCUCGGCGGUGUUUCCAUGGGAACGAGACGACUCUGGACCUGCAUCCAGAAGACGACCUGCGUCUUCUCCUCAGGCGCCGAGUCCUGAGGUCCUGAAUCAAGGCCGACUGGACCGGAGUUCUGAAGAAAGGGUCCACAAGACGGAAACAGACAUAUCUUCGUCAGAGCUGCAGAGUCGUCUCUCGGCUCUGGAGGUCCAGCUGUCUGAGAAGGUCGGGAAUCUGAAGACGGUCCAGAAUGAAAUGGGGCUGAUGAAGAAGGAGCUCGCUGCUAAAGAGCUGGACCUGCAAAAAACCCAGGAGGAGCUCAGCAAGGCGCACACACGGGCGGCUCAGGACAAAGAAAGGGCAUCAGAAGCCGAGCACAAGCUGAAACAGCUUCAAGAGGAGCUCAAGUGCCAGAGGCAGAAUGCAGAGAGCAGUCGGCUGCAGCACCAGCAGCGCACCAAGGAGCUGGAGAAAGUGCAUCAGAAGGACUUGGCGGAGCUGCAGAAGGAGAGGCAGUGUGAGGAGAAGCAGCACCAGCAGGAGGUGAAUAAGCUGAACCAGGAGCUGCAGCAGGCCAGGUCGCUCCACAACGCCCUGCAGGCCCAGGCUGACAAGCUGACUCUGCAGAAGCAGGCGUUGGACAAAGAGCUGGACUCUCUGAAGGAGAAGCUGAAGUGGACAGAGGAGCAGCUGAAGGAGAGCCAGAAGAAAGAGACUCAGACACAAGCCAAGCUGACGGAAGCCGUACGUGAGGCGGAGGGUGUGGCAGUAACCCUGGAGCAAAGCAGGAAGAGAGAGCGAGCUCUGGAGGAGGAGGGGAGGAGGCUGCAGGAGGAGCAGGCUGACACUCUGCGCCUCCUCAGAGAACUGCAGGAACAAAAAGCUCCUGCAGCAUCGACUCAGCCUGCGCCGUUUGGACCCGUUGGACAGAGUUUUUCCUCUCCGUCUCGAGCCGCAGCCCACAGCAGGACCGCAGCUUCCCAGUCAGAGCAGAACAGGGAUGGGAGCAGGUCAGAGGUCACGGCAGCCAGAGAGCCAGGGGAGGGAAUCGACGCCGAGCAGAUCAGCAUCACAAACUCUGAGCGACAACAGAAAGUGGGACAAAGAGAAGAAGCUGAUAAAGACGGAGAGAUCCGGAGAAACGCUGCAGAUGUCAAUAGAGCAACAACUGCUGAACACCCACCGGCGGCAGGAGGCCUGAAGAUCGAACAUGCACAACUUCCUAAAUCCGAUGAACCCGCUUCGUCUCAGGACCUCAAGAGGGAGAACGACGGCCUCCGCUCGGAGCUCCGCGAUGUCCGUGAAGAACUCCAGAGACGGCUGGAGGACCUGGAGGCCCAGCGGCGGGCCGAGACGGAAGCGAGGACCCGCCUCAGACAGCUCAGCCGCAAGCAGUCCACCCAGGCGGCGGAGAGGGAGGAGAGAGAGAAGGACCUGAAGGUAAAGCUGGAGAAUGAGAAGGCUGAGACGGAAAGGCUGAAGAGGAGCCUUGCUGCUUUGGAGGCAGAGAGAAGCAGAGAGGAGGCAGAAAACGAGGAGAAGCAGGAACAGGAGACGAGCACCACUCAAAACGACAGAGAGAGCGAGCUGAUCGAGCUGAACAUGCAGCUGAAAAAUCAGCUGGCAAUGGUGAAAGCUCAGCUGGCUUUGGAACGAGAGGAACGAAAGACGGAGGAAGAGGAGAGAAACCAAAGGAUGAACACAGAUUCUGACGUGAACACAGAGCUGAGCUUGAAGCUCGCAGAGAUCAUGGCCGACGUCGAGGAGCUGAAGCACCGACGAGAAGAAGACUCGGUAGAAGACGAGAAGCUUUCCACCUCCAGCAGCCCCCUGCCCAGCCUUCCUGACGACGAACUCACCUCCAAUACCGGUUGCUCUGACAACAGCCUCCUCUCCUCCCCAGAGGAGCACCUCCUCUUCUGUGAGUCCACCAACCAACGCAACGCUCUCCUGUCCACAGAAGCUGAAGACAUUCUCCGUCUCGGUGGUCAAACAACCAAAGAGACCUCAGAUCAGAUCAAGCUUUCUUCAUCAGACCUCCAGCGGGAUCAGUGCCCGACCUCUGACCUCACUAAGGUGGUGGAGGUCCUGCAGAAAAAGUGUGCAAAGGAGUCAGAGCGGGCCAAAAAGUACAGAGAUAAAUUUGAGGCCCUGCAGAUCCAGGUAACGCGUCAGACCAAAGAGCUGACCACUGCCUUCGAAAAGCAGAGUCAGCACAUCCUGGGCCUUCUUGCUGAGCUGCAGGAGAAAGAGGGCGCCCUCUUGAGCCAGGAAGAGGAAUUGAAGCAAUGCAAGCAAGAGUUGAACCAACUAAAGCUGGAAGAAAACAAUGUGGCAACACUGACAGCUAACAGAGAGACCGAAGGGAGAAACAGAGAUGAAGAGCUUACAGAGAAAUCAGAACUUAAACAAGAAGAAGAGGCUGUUGCUCCUCUUUCCUCGUCAGACUUAAAUAUUCAAAAAGAAACAAUUCAGCCCAACGUUGAGGAGUGUGAAGCUGAAAUGCCUCCACCUGUUGGUGGUGAAGGUGAAAGUGCAGCAGUAACUUCUGGAGAGAGGUCUGCAGUCGGUCCAUGUGGCUCUGUAGGUGAGGUGGAAGAGAUUCAGCUCAGCCAACAUGGAGAGAGAGUCGACACGUUAGCAGAACUUCAUGUUCUCAGGCAGGAAAAGCAGCUGCUGCAGCAGAGAGUCAGGGUUUUGACCAACAUGGACACCAGAGACCAAACUUCACAGACUGACGGCGAGAAUCAGGACAACACAGAAAACACGGCCUGCUUGGCAGGGGACGUUCUGCUCAAGGAAGAGGCAGCGACAGACCAGCAGCUGCUAAUAAAUCUGAAGAGGAGGGAUGAUGAAGGUCAAGAUUUGGAAGGAGAAAACACAAGCAGCAUGAGCGGUGAAGGAAAUGCAGAGGACAUGACUGAGAUCCAGAUAAACCGCCUGCAGGAACAGGUGGAGGCGCUGCUGAGACGAGUCAGGACUCUCACAGAGGAGACGGAGGUCCAGGCCCAAGAGCUCGUCUUAUGGAGACUAGCGUCCCAGCCCGCCUCUGCAGUCCAACACUUACUCACCGACGCAGACGAUGAGAGCGAAACGCUGCGACGGAUUCCUGCUGCCAGUCGGUCUGAACUCGCUCAGACCGGCCACAGCCAGGUCCAGAAGAACCCGGACGCCGUCACGGUCAUCAGAGAGGAUGAAGUAUCGCUCUGCUGCUCCUCUAGAAAGCUGCAGGGUCGCCUGCUGUUCUCCAGACUCCAGAACAGCAGCCUUCCUGAAUCAAAGAGCCUCCGUUCGCCUAAGAAGUCUCUUCAGGGACAGACCCGGAGCGGUGCAGAGUUCGACCCGGAAUCUGAAAAAGAAAACCAGGAGAUAAACUUGCAUUGGUCAGAAAGUUAUCCAGAACAAAACAAAGUGAAGAAAGACGCUAAGCUCAUCCAAGUGUCGUCGCAGAAGAUUGCUCAACACCAUGGAGCCAGAGAUCUCAGCCUCUCAGGAUUGAGUCUAAGCAAAGUGCAACAUUUCCACACAGAAACUCACCAGACCAAACUGGACUCCUUCAGAGGAGCCGGUGACUUUGAAACACCGAUUUACCCCAGUGACAGUAACGUGAAGGUAGAGGCUGUGAGUGUCGGCAGUCAAACUGAGGGCCGUUUGCUUCCUCGUGGAGUUUCCACGGCGUCUGCAGCCACUCAGACCGAGCAGGACUUCAGUGAUGAGGAAGAGUCAGUCGAAUCUCCUCCCGUUUCUCCCGUUUCUUCAGCGGAGAAGACGGAAGCAGGGGACAAAAUGUUGUUCUCAGGUUCUUUUCCCAUCCCGGCCGAUCCGGCUCGUCUCGCUGAGAGGAUCCGCCGCAACAGGGCGCAGCUGUCGGCCGCCUUCGAUGACACGGAGUACGAGCCGUACGGCCUGCCAGAGGUCGUCAUGAAAGGUAGGGUUAUGUUCUCCACUUGGAUAGGUUUUUGCAUUUUCUCCGGCUUCCUCCCAUGUGAUGUACAGGCGACCAAUGACUGCUGGAGGCCCUGCAGGAAUAAGUGGGUAUAGACAAUGGAUGGAUUGUUUUCCUUCCACUUAACGAUUACGUUCUACUUGCAUCUAAGUCAUAAAAUCCCAGUAAAUUACUCAGAUGUUUGAGGUUGUAUCAGGAAAAUGAAAAAUCAGAAAAACCACCAUCAUACAAGCAUUUACUGUGAAUUAUCUGUAAUUGUACAUUACUAAGUUUCCAAGAUAAAAAUGUGUUUUUGAAACAAAAAAUACGAUGAAAUAAUUGAGGUCCCAAUAUAAGUUAUUUCAGUCUGACACCUACAUGCAGACUUAGAGACGUUCGGAUAAAAGCAACAGAAAAGAAAAAGAAACACAAAACACAAAAGAAACAGUCAGAACUGGACUUCUUUAAUAUUUUUGUUAUAAAACAAAUGAACAGAAUUCUUAUUGUUUCUUUUAACUAGAUGGAUCUUUUUGAGGUUAUUAAACCUUAUGAGUCCGCUAGGAAAUAUGACUUUUAAUCGACUUGAGCUCUGGUUUAUAUUGAGCCAAGAUCAUCUGGUUUCAGUCGCUUUAACACAAUUAUGAUGUGGGAGUAACUUGUUACAUUUUAUUUACAAAUCCAGUUACAUUUUGAAACACAAAUAAUCAAAAUGUGCAAAUUAUUGAGCAUUUUAUGUUUGGUUUCCCCAUGUUGAGUCUCGUGCCUUUCGGUCAUCUUGUAAAAUGUUCUGAUAAAGGGAAACAACAAUAUCACUGUUUUUUUUUUUUUUAUUGUUAUAAAGGAUCAACUUGUCUGAAGAUAAAGCAAGUAUUUCUUUCUAUUUCAGUCAGAAUUAAAUGGCCUUCAUAGAUAAACUCAAGUGAUGACGCUCGGAGCUGCAGGCUCCUCUGUCAUGCUGCUGCUGGAACGUCAUGCUUUCCUUUUUAGUUGCACGAACGCAGGUGAAAACUGUUUGAUUUGCUUUUAUUAGGCCACUUUUCAUCAACUUGAACAUACUUUAGACUGUUUUUAUUAAAAUCUUGUAGUCUAGAAUAUUUUUAAAUGAUCUUGAAUUGUUUGAAUGUGCGUAUUAGUGCUUCAGUUGCGUUUUGAGGUGGAAUUAGUGAAGCUACAUUUUAGAAAUGUAUUUUUUUUUUUAUUUCACAUUUUCUGGCUUUUGUUUUUUUAAUUUAAAUGCUGCCGUUCUCUCCUGGCAUUACCUGCUGACUCCACCUGAGCUGUUCAGCCUUCGUCUGACAGUGAGCAGGGAAACUGUUACCUUCCUUCACUGUGGAUGUGUCUGGGUUUUUCCAAUUUCAAUAAAACUUUUGCUCCUGUUUUAA